ACAGCAAAUGGUCAGAACGACACAGUAGCAGUGGGAAUCGUUCUUCGCUCCUCGCCCAUUGAGUCCAAUCAUGAUUGUAUAUUCCCCUCCCUUCCCCUUCCUUCCUUCCUUCCUCCUCCUCCUCCUCCUCGUCUUGUUGUACAAAACAAAACAAAAUACACUAUAAUUUUCUCGUCAAUUGCCAAACAAAGAGUCCGAGACUGUUGUUGUUUACGAAGCGUAUUGUUGGGUGCAUACUAAGCAGCAGUGAAGGGGUGAUGGCCGACUUUUUAGUGCUUGAACAGUAUUACUAUUAUGUGGAACAGUUUCUCUUGUUUUGAGAAUAAAAUGUCACUCCAUCUAUUAUUUAAAAGGACGACGAUUAUGACAAAAAGGCGAAAGGGUGGUACGAGCAUAUGGCAGGGUCGCUCGACGACCCUUAUUUCCAGAUGGUUGGUGCAGAUGAUUGGACGGAACGCGACUUUUUCCCGCGGCUUUCAUUUUUCUCAUGGGAAACCUGGAUUGGAACCAAGGAAAGGCAAGAAACGACGGAAAAAGAGUGAGAACGGUGUGAUAUGUGGGGUGCUGGGAAUCCGUUUUCCAUUCUGUGAUGCCCCCCUCUUUUCCCGUUUCCAAUCACCGCUUGGCCCAUCCAACCUCGGGAAAAGGCGAAAAUACUUCCUUUUCAAGGUGUUGCAGCAAUUCCCAAUGCGGCUUUUCCGCUGGGUGCGUCCGUCCGGCCCCAGUGCCACAAUAGACUCUGUUGAGUGUGAUCUUUAUGAAAUCAAAAAAAAACGAGUAUAAAUAAAGAGGACUCCAGAAGAGUUCUUUAGCUUUCUGAAGACUUUAUUUCUUUCUUAAUAACUUUUAUUUCCUACUAAUCUCAUGGCUCAAUUCCCCUGGCGUAUCUACGGCGUCUGCUUCUUUGCUGCCUUUGGUGGUCUCUGCUUUGGUUAUG